CUGACAAGUAUGUUCUUAAAUUAGUUAGUCGUGGUAACGAAGUAAUUUAUAGAUACUUAAAUAAUAUCAAUAUUCCAAAUUAUAAUUUAAUACCGUUUCCUAAUUCUUCUUCCAUAAGUGAUGUUAUAACUUAUUUAAACUUUGAAUUUCAAGAUAUAGUGUAUUGGUCUAAUUUGCUUCCCUGUUUUGAACAUGAUUACAAUGAUAUUAUGCGAGACGUGGUUGUUGAACUGGUCAAAUUUGAAUCGAAAUAUGACUUUUUGGAGUUUCUUGAUGAUAAGACUGAUUUUGUUAAGUUAUAUACUGACGGCUCUAAAACUAAAGAUAGGACCAGUUUUGCAUUUUUUGACUCUUUUUUGAACAUAGGAAAAGUUUUUGAAUGUAGUAGUUAUUUUUCAGUAUUUUCAGCUGAAGUAUUAGGCAUAAUUUAUGCUUUAGAACAUAUUCGUAAUUAUUAUAUAACUAAAAAUAAGUUUUUGAUUCUAUCUGAUUCGAUGAGCGCUUUACAAGCGCUUAAAAGUAAAUGUGUAAGUGCAUCUGUAAAUUAUUUAAUUUAUAAGUUGAGAAGUUGUUUAAGUUCUUUGUUGAAUAGAAAUAUUACUGUUGAAUUUUGCUGGGUUCCGGGACAUUCAGGAAUUUUUGGCAACGAACUAGUAGACAAGCUUGCCAAAUCUACAGAAGAUAUACAAGUUUGUGAUUUAAAAGUACCUCAAUCCGAUUUAGUACCUUUUGUUAAAGAACUUAUGAUUAGACGUUGGAAUAACUCAUGGUCUAAAUCCAAAGAAGUCAAAGGGAAAUGGCUUGCAGAAAUAGUCCCGGCACCCAGCUCCAAGUCGUGGUUUGAAUACCAAAGAAAAUAUGUAGAAAGGGCAUUUAUUACAACUAUAUGUAGAUUGCGCAUUGGUCAUGCUCGUUUUCCCGCACAUCUUUUUAGAUUAGAGCUAAGUGAUUCUGCUGUUUGUGCACAUUGUAAUUUUGAUGUAUGUGAUCUUGAACAUAUUUUUUUCCAUUGUCCUUCAUUUAAUUUACAAAGGUUAUUGUUUGUUGCUAUGUGUAUGGAUACUGGUUUGCAAGUUCUGCCAAAUUCAGUACAGGGCCUUAUGAAAUAUCCACAAUUAUAUCCUGUAAUCUAUCAAUUUGUUACUCAUACUAUAGGUAGUUUGUAAAUAUUGUAAAUAUCUCAUGUAACUAUUAGAUUCGUGUCUCAUUUUUAUGUGAAUUAGUUAUAAGUACUUAUGUUACUUUUGUAUUUCAUGCUUGAGCUGAUGGCCUAGUUGCCAAUGCUCGUAAUAAAUUAAAAAAAAAAAAAAAAACAUGCGUGAAAAAAGUUUUCAUUUACCG